CCCCUUGGUUCUUUUUUUUUAUUAUUUUUAUUAUUUUUUUUACUUUUCUUGCCUUUGAAAUAGCAAGAGAUGCAUCACAAGCUGCAACACAUGAACCCACACUGGCCCCAGCCAGCUGACAGCAGCAGAUGAGGAAACUGCCUGCUUUUAAUCUUUUAAUCACCAGAAUUAGAACCAGCAACAUGCUACUGAUGAUUUUUUCCUUCAUAGAAAACUGUCUGAUGCCUGAUUUGAAGCUCACUUUCUUCUAAGGCAGAAGAGCAGCCUGUGACUGACACAAAACUCACUGUAAAUGAAGAUUUUAUUAUUUUUUUUUAUGUUUCUAUUUGCAAAAUCGAUUAACAAAAACUCCUGCUUGAUUCCAUCCCAUGUGCACAACAACAACUUGGAAAGCUUUUUUUUCUUCUUUUUUUCUUUUCCUCCUUUUUUGCAACCUUUGCUCUGUCAGGUCUGUAAUCCCUUGUGAAUUCAAGUCCUUUGCUGACAAUGAAUACCACACACUUUGCCUUUUCAUUUCAGCCUGUGCUGCUUAAUGUCACCGAAGACUUCAAUGACUCAAUUCUCAACAACAGAAGCGGCGAUGGAUUUUGUGAGCAGGUCUUCAUAAAAGCUGAGGUCUUCUUGACUUUAGGGAUCAUCAGCCUGCUGGAAAACAUCCUUGUCAUUCUUGCAGUGCUGAAGAAUGGAAACCUACAUUCUCCCAUGUAUUUCUUCCUGUGUAGCUUGGCUGUGGCAGAUAUGUUAGUGAGCAUGUCAAAUGCCUUGGAGACCAUCAUGAUUGCAAUCCUGAGCAACGGCUAUUUGAUCAUUGAUGACCACUUUAUUCAGCAUAUGGACAAUGUGUUUGACUCGAUGAUAUGUAUUUCUUUGGUAGCCUCAAUUUGCAACCUCUUGGUUAUAGCCAUUGACAGGUACAUAACUAUUUUCUAUGCUCUCCGUUACCACAGUAUCAUGACAGUGAAGAAAGCUUUAACCCUGAUUGUGGUCAUUUGGAUCGCUUGCAUCGUCUGCGGCAUCAUAUUCAUUGCCUACUCAGAAAGCAAAACUGUCAUUGUCUGUCUCAUCACAAUGUUCUUUACCAUGCUCUUUCUCAUGGCCUCCCUUUAUGUUCACAUGUUCUUGUUUGCACGCCUGCAUGUUAAGCGGAUCGCUGCCCUCCCUGUGGACGGGGUGCCCUACCAGCGUACUUGCAUGAAAGGAGCUGUCACCAUCACUAUAUUACUAGGUGUCUUCAUUGUUUGCUGGGCACCUUUCUUCCUUCACCUCAUUCUCAUUAUUUCUUGCCCAAUGAAUCCAUACUGUGUCUGCUACACUUCACAUUUCAAUACCUAUCUGGUCUUGAUAAUGUGCAACUCAGUAAUUGAUCCGCUUAUUUAUGCCUUCCGGAGCCUGGAGAUGAGAAAGACUUUCAAAGAAAUAGUGUGUUGCUGUUACGGCAUGAGUGUGGGACAGUGCAUGCUGUGAACAUCUGGCUUUGUGUUGAGAAUAGAGAGAGGAUACAUACAAUAAGUGUAUGAAUAUAUACAUGUAUGCCGAUACCUAGCAAGUUCAUUUUAAAAGCUGUGCUUGAAGGAAGGGCACAGGGAAAAAAAAAAAAAAAGAAAGAAAAAAUGAAAAGAAAUAUAUAUAUAUAUAUAUUUAAUGCCUUGAUUUAUACUUUUCAAAAUGAGAAUGAUUCAACUAAAUGAUUUGAAGUUAUUUAAAUAGUUGUAACAAAAUUAAAUCCAAAGCAGUUUGCAAAAUAGAUCAAAAAACUUACUGGGAAAAAAAAAUCCUGAAAGUAAAUGCUACCUUACAGAGAAUGGAAUAAUAUUGUGCCUCUACCCUUCAUUUGUACCUGUUGCUUUAUCUCUGUGCCUCUGUCAACAAAGUCAGUGUUUACUAAGAGUCCAUUAGUAACCUCUAUGAAAAGCUAUUCACUUGCAAGACAAAUUAAUCGAAACAAAUCAAACCACUGAUAGGUAACAGCACGGCUGUACAGUAACUCCAACGUCUCUGUCUUUUAAUAAAGGAUUAGAUUGACAUUCAUGCUGCUUGCUAUUAAGUCAACUGAGAAAAGUCUUAAAAGGAUCAAAGUAAGCAGUUGCCUGGCACUGAAAUAUUCUUUCAGUAGAAGUCAGCUAAGUGAAACUGAACAACUAUUGUAUAAGUGAUAGUGUGAUUUGAACAGCUGACUGAUAGAAGUGACUCAUUUAAGAAGGCAUCUACAUUGCUUAUUGUGAUAUAGGAGUAUUAUAUCCUCUAAAGUUAAAAAAA